ACACGCUCUGCUUUAACAAGCUCCUCUCUGAUGUGUUCAGCUGUCACUAGAAUCAUCUUCAGUGCGCUGUGAACCUUCACCACUGCCGGAUCGACUCAUUUAUUUAGAAGGCAAAUGUGGAUAUGACGUCGCAGAGGAAGGGCGGCCGAGGUGCCGGGAGGUAAUCCCCCACCAUGUGAGGAGGCGGCACGGGCGUGGAGGCGUGGAGAGGGGUUUUUUUUUUUUUCUUCUUUCCAUAUUCAAAUCCCUACAAGUCCUAUAAAAGCGGCGAAGUCAGUGCAGGAGGCUCAAGGAAGGAAGACAGAUGGAGGGAGGUGAUAGUUCCGUGUGUGCACCCGCUCGGAGGAUGCCGGACGUGCAGGACUUUGUGAAAGCGCUCAAAAACGCGCUGGUGUCCCUGAUGCUGCUGCCGCGCUUCCUGCUGACCGCCGUGCUGCUGUGGUUUCUCGACUUCGUCUGCAUCCGACGGAAGGUGCUGGUGAAGAUGCGCGAACGCGAGGGCUCGAGUCCUGACGACCCGUCGGUGACGGUGUCAGACUCCAACCGGAUGUUCACGGUGGAGUCACUGCGCGCCGUGUGGUACAGCCAGAAGUUGGACUUCUGCAAGACGGCGCACCUGGGGCUGACGGCGCCCAACAGCGAGGUGGUACCGCUCGGCGAACGGAAACGAGCGCGCAUACUGGACUACGCCCGCGGCUCGAGACCGCUCAUCCUUAACUUCGGCAGCUGCUCAUGACCACCGUUCAUGACGCGCCUGGCCGCGUUCCGGCGCGUUGCUGACCAGUACGCCGACAUCGCCGACUCACUGCUUAUAUACAUCGAGGAGGCGCAUCCGUCCGACGGCUGGGUGAGCACGGACGCCCCGUACCAGAUCCCGCGCCACCGCUGUAUAAAGGACCGUCUCCGAGCCGCGCGCCUCAUGACCGCCACGGUACCUGGCAGCAUCGUGGUCGUGGACACCAUGGACAACUCGUCCAACGCGGCGUACGGAGCCUACUUCGAGCGGCUCUACGUAGUCAAGGACGAGAAGGUGGUGUAUCAGGGAGGCCGUGGACCCGAGGGCUACCGCAUUUCCGAACUGAGGAACUGGCUCGAGCAAUAUCGCCAAAAGCUCGAAGGCUCCAGACCGAUAGUGGUCCAUGUCUAGAUAUUUGUUUGUUUGUUUGUUUGUUUUUAAAGUAGAUGCCAGUCACUGUGUGUGCCAUGAAGAACCAAGAAAGCGGGUGUCCUGGAAGCUGCUAUGAACUGGAAGCAACAUUACACACGUUAACUUCUGUUCUCAAACGCGCAUCUCGGAAGAGUUGUGUGUGUGUGUGUGUGUGUGUGUGUGUAAUGUUCAGUGAUGCAAACCGCAUGAUAAUUGUAAUUGUUUUGCCGUUUUGUUUGAAUAGUUCAGUCGUUUUGUUGAGCCGGUGUUUUACGCAAAACGGUUUUCACACUUCAUUUGAUGAUAUUAAUUAUUAUUUUAUUACAUAUUGCAUGUCGUCUUUGUGUGUGUGUGUGUGUGUGUGUGUGUGUGGUCGUUGGACUGUUUGAUUGUAUUCUGGUGUUGUCAUGAAGUUCGGUUUUUAAAAGGAUUUGAUCCAGAAAACCGGUUCUGAUGUAUUCUGACACUAGAGUACUUGGUAACAGAAGAAUGACCUUUAUUGUAAUUGCCAAACAUUGUUUUGUAAAAUUGGUCUAUUUUAUUGAACAGAUAUUUUUUAAAUAAAUGAUAGAACACAGA